UGAUAUUUAGUCUGUCUUUAUAGAAUGGUUCUAGCGCGAGCCACAAGCAGCUUGUGACAACCACCUCCAACUCGACCGUUAGAAAGGGGGAGAAAUAAAACCACCAAAUAUGUGUACAGAAACGGCAUACACGCUUAGGUGUGAGCACGUCGUCACCCGCAGGCUCUACUGCUCAGACGCUCCUCCUCCGCCCACGAACCCGCGGUCUCGAGGGGGUGAGCGAAGGACCUGCAGAAAAUGCAUCCGCAACUCGGUGCCCUGGCCGCCGCCGCCAGAAUAUGGAGGAGCGCCCAGCCGAUGCCCCUUAGCCAGGUGUCCGUACGAGGAGCGUGGCGGUUGUUGGAACUGCUGUUGGUGUGGGAAGGAAUGGAACGAGAAAGGUUAGUUUAGCUUAGCCCGUGCACACAGUAACACACAGACGAACCAAAGAGAAAGGGGAGAAAA